GGACGCGAGAUCUACGAACGUCCUCCACAUGUCUUUGCGAUCGCCGACGCCGCGUAUCGCUCAAUGAAACGCUAUGGACGCGAUUCCUGUAUUGUCAUAUCGGGAGAAUCCGGAGCUGGAAAAACAGAGACUAGUAAGAUUAUCAUGCGAUAUCUGGCCUGCGAUCACAAAUCAGCAACAGCAGAAGGAAAUCGAGAG